AAAAGUUUUACCAUAUAGGAUAAUGUUGGAAAUUCAUGAAAUAUAUUUAGUAUCCAGUGAAUGUUAUCUUUACAUGGUUUAGUAAAUGCUACAAGGGUAAUCACAUGUUUUGUUGAUUUACAACCGUACAAUGCAAAGAAACUUUAAUGUUUAAUGUUAUCUUGAAUGGUAUAGAGGAAGUGUAAAUAGCCCUUAACAGUGAUUGAAAAUCGAGAGAGAUAUAUGUUAAGAAAGUUUCAAUGGCCAUAUCAUGUCAAAUAUGAGAGGUGGAUUUGCACAGGUUUGAGGUAUUGCUCUAAUGGAAACACAGGAUUUAUUGAUAUAAACGGUCUUAAACGGUGUCUUCCAAAGUGAAAUAAAAUGUCGUCGGGAAAUAUUACUAGUGCAUUCAACAACGCCGGCGUCGGUACUGCAGACAUCGUUAUUAUCAUAAUCUACCUUGCGUUUUGUUUAGCUGUCGGACUUUGGGCAACAUGGCGGACCCAACGAUCGAGUGUCAGCGGGUACUUCCUUGCUGGCAGAGACAUGCUAUGGUUUGCGGUUGGAGCAUCCCUGUUUUCCAGUAAUAUCGGAAGUGGAAGUUUUGUCGGACUUGCUGGCACUGGGGCAGCAUCAGGGAUUGCUGUUGCUAGCUACGAAUUAAACGGAUUAUUCUGUCUCUUGUUGCUAGCGUGGCUGUUUGUUCCUGUCUAUAUUGCAAGUGGGGUAUAUACCCUACCCGAGUAUCUCAAGAAGCGCUUUGGUGGUCAGCGUCUGCAGGUCUACAUGUCGGUUCUAGCCCUUCUUAUCUAUGUGUUCACCAAGAUCUCGGCAGAUAUAUAUGCGGGUUCUAUUUUCAUUCAACAAGCCGUUGGUUGGAAUAUGUAUGUUGGCAUCAUAGCGUUAUUGGCCGUAACUGCCAUAUACACUGUCUCAGGAGGUCUUAAGGCUGUGAUCUAUACAGAUACCUUACAGACAGUUAUCAUGGUUGGCGGCGCUUUUGUACUCAUGAUAAUCAGUUUUGUUAAAGUGGGUGGUAUGAACAAGCUCUAUAAAGAAUACCCAGUUGCUGUGCCAAAAGAUUUGGUGAACAAUUCUGAUUGUGGGAAGCCAACUGAUGAAGCCUUCCAUCUUCUACGAGAUCCCACUACAAGUGACCUCCCUUGGCCAGGAAAUGUGUUUGGAAUCACAAUACUCAGCGUCUGGUAUUUUUGCUCCGACCAGGUUUUGGUACAACGUUCUUUAGCAGCUAAGAACAUGCAUCAUGUAAAAGGAGGCUCCAUUUUAGCAGCGUAUCUAAAGAUUCUCCCAUUGUUUACAACAAUAUUUCCAGGCAUGAUAAGUCGGGUACUCUUCACAGAUCAGGUGGCUUGUGUUGACCCAGACAUAUGUAAGGCAGUGUGUGAUAACCCAGCAGGAUGUACAAAUAUUGCCUACCCUAAACUUGUCAUCGAACUAAUGCCUCUCGGGCUGAAGGGUCUUAUGCUAGCGGCAAUGAUGGCAGCGUUAAUGAGUUCACUAACGUCGGUGUUCAACAGUUCAAGCACUAUAUUUACAAUGGAUAUUUGGCAUAGAUUCCGACCAUCUGCCUCAGACGGCGAAUUGCUUGUCGUGGGCAGGAUAUUCGUGUUAGUGCUUGUUGUCAUCAGCGUCGUAUGGAUUCCGGUUCUACAGGCUUCACAAGGGGGACAACUCUUUAACUACAUACAAUCUGUCACAGGCUAUCUUGCGCCUCCUGUUCUAUCAUUAUAUUUGUUGGCUAUACUUUGGAAGAGAACAAACGAAGCGGGAGCGUUCUGGGGUCUCAUGAUUGGCCUAUUGGUAGGACUAAUUCGGAUGGGUCUAGACUUUGGAUAUGGAAGCCCAGGUUGUGGAGAAGCGGACGACAGACCAUUGAUUAUAUCCAAAGUUCAUUUCCUUCAUUUCACUAUCAUACUGUUCUUCAUCAGCUUGUUUACCACAUUUGCCGUCUCCUUAUUUACACAGCCAAUUAAGGAGGAACAUCUGUACCGUUUAACAUGGUGGAGUAGACACAGUGCUGUAGAGAGAACACCGUUUGAGGACGAGGUAGAUUUUAAAAAACGAGCUUUUGAACAUGCACAGAAACAUGCCAGUGGUGAACAUAAAGAAUUGCCAACUUGGCGGCGAAUUGUGUACGUUAUUUGUGGGUACGAGUCUCCAAAGCCUCCUGGAGAUGUAACGGAGGAGGAGCAUAAAGAACAACAAAGACUUCUUACCUCCAUAGAGGAAAAACCAAAAUGGAAGUGGUUCGUCAACAUCAACGCCAUAAUUCUAAUGACAAUCGGAAUAUUCCUUUGGGGAUACUAUGCCUAAAGUAUUUGGACUAGCUAUAUGUGUAGAACAAAGUCAGUAGCUUUGUUUUGUCAAAAUAUUGUUAAUGCAAAACAAAAACUUAGUGUCAUGAGUGAAUGCUUCAUAAUCAUGUAUUCACUUUUUGUAUAGUUUUAGAUUCGUUUAUAGCCAGAAUCCUUGAUUUUAAGAGAAGGUAUCGCUUUGGCAUGCAUUUACUGUUUACAACGAUUUCUGGAGUGUUUACCUUACAUUAGAACGCUUGCUCGUGGUUUCCGUCACAGUAAUGUGUAUUUACUGCCUACUUAGUUGCUAGACGUCCAUUGACAUUUACAUUUACUUUUCAGUUCAUCUGCUUGAUUAUACAUGUCACAUUGACAUUAACUCACCUUUGUCACUUACUGUUUACUUCACUUACUGAAGUGUGCAAGUCGCAUUGACAUGCAUUCAGACUGUAUUCAACUUGCGUCAGUAAGCUCUUAAUUUCACUUAAAUUCACAGUGAAUUCAUUCCAAUGUAUAAUUAUGUAUUUGUGAUGUACAUUGCAAGUCUACCUCGAAGAUGGCCUGUAACUAUAUACAUAACAAUGUUAAGUUUGAAACACUUGGCUAUCUUAUAAAUAUAGAUGAUUUCAGCGAAUUUAAAGCAAGUACAAACCUGUCUAUGAAGACCACCCUUGGGAAAGCCAAAAUAUGGUCUUUAUUGGGAGGUGGUCUUUAUUCACAGGUUAAAAUACACUGUAAAUGUUAAAAUGGGAAACAAAACGUGUGGUCUUUAGAGCUAGGUGGUCUCUGUUCAGAGGUGGUCUUUAACACAGGUUUGACUGUAUCCUGAAUGCAGUUACAUGAAGAUAUUUUGUUUCUUAAGAGUAAAUUUCAACAUCUCACCAGUAGACAUGAAUUUCCUAGAUAUGGCACACACAUGCACGCACGCAUACACGCACAUUCACACUCCUGCCUAAUGAGUUGUCUGGCGAUACAUUUAUCUUUAUUGUGUUUUAUUGUUCUAAUCACCGUGGAAUACAAAAAUAAAUAGAUUGACCUAG